UACUGCCAAGAAAACUGUCUCUUGUUUACCCAAAAGUACACUAUUUCCUAGAUUUAAACCUGCCUACAAGAAAUUGAAUGCCUCAAAAUCACAUGCUAUAAGUCCUACAGGGUCACAUGUUGAAUGGUGUAAACAGCUUAUAGCUGCUACAAUUUCUAGUCAGAUUUCAGGUUCAGUGACAUCAGAAAAUGUAUCCAGAGAUUACAAGGUUUUCAGGAGGCCUGAUAUAAGGGCUCUAAGGGAUGGAAAUAAGCUGGCACAGAUGGAAGAAGCUCCACUUUUUCCAGGAGAAUCAAUUAAGGCCAUUGUGAAAGAUGUCAUGUAUAUCUGCCCAUUUAUGGGAGCAGUAAGUGGAACCCUGACAGUGACGGACUUUAAGAUGUACUUUAAGAAUGUAGAGAGGGACCCUCAUUUCGUCCUCGAUGUUCCUCUUGGAGUGAUCAGCAGAGUUGAGAAGAUUGGAGCACAGAGCCAUGGAGACAAUUCUUGCGGUAUAGAGAUCGUGUGCAAGGAUAUGAGGAAUUUGCGGCUUGCAUAUAAACAGGAAGAGCAGCGUAAACUUGGGAUAUUUGAAAACCUCAACAAGCAUGCUUUUCCUCUCUCUAAUGGCCAAGUGCUGUUUGCAUUCAGUUAUAAAGAAAAGUUUCCAACUAAUGGCUGGAAAGUUUAUGAUCCAGUAUCUGAAUAUAAGAGACAGGGAUUGCCAAAUGAGAGCUGGAAAAUCUCCAAAAUAAACAGUAAUUAUGAGUUCUGUGAUACCUACCCUGCUGUCAUUGUUGUGCCAACUAGUGUAAAAGAUGAUGACCUUUCAAAAGUGGCAGCCUUUCGAGCAAAAGGCAGAGUUCCUGUGCUGUCAUGGAUUCAUCCAGAAAGUCAAGCAACGAUUACUCGUUGCAGCCAACCGCUGGUGGGUCCCAAUGAUAAACGUUGCAAGGAGGAUGAAAAAUACCUGCAAACAAUAAUGGAUGCAAAUGCCCAGUCCCACAAACUGAUCAUCUUUGAUGCUCGCCAGAACAGUGUUGCAGAUACCAACAAGGCAAAGGGUGGAGGCUAUGAAAGUGAAAGUGCUUACCCAAAUGCAGAGCUCGUGUUCUUGGAGAUCCACAAUAUUCAUGUGAUGAGAGAAUCGCUCCGUAAAUUAAAAGAGAUUGUGUACCCUUCCAUCGAUGAGGCACGGUGGUUCUCCAAUGUGGAUGGAACUCACUGGCUAGAAUAUAUUAGGAUGCUUCUUGCAGGAGCAGUAAGAAUUGCUGAUAAAAUAGAAUCUGGGAAAACUUCUGUGGUGGUGCACUGUAGUGACGGCUGGGACCGAACAGCCCAGCUCACCUCCCUGGCGAUGCUGAUGCUGGACAGUUACUACCGGACCAUUAAAGGAUUUGAAGCUCUCGUGGAGAAGGAGUGGAUAAGCUUUGGACAUCGGUUUGCACUGCGAGUGGGCCAUGGUGAUGACAACCACGCAGAUGCUGACCGAUCCCCUAUAUUUCUUCAGUUUAUUGAUUGUGUUUGGCAAAUGACAAGGCAGUUUCCUUCAGCGUUCGAGUUUAAUGAACUAUUCUUGAUUACAAUUUUGGAUCACCUUUACAGCUGUCUCUUUGGGACCUUUCUGUGCAACUGUGAACAACAGCGGUUCAAAGAAGAUAUAUAUACAAAGACUGUAUCUUUAUGGUCAUAUAUCAAUAGCCAGCUAGACGAAUUUUUGAAUCCCUUCUUUGUGAAUUAUGAGAACCACGUUUUAUAUCCUGUUGCUAGUCUGAGUCAUUUGGAAUUAUGGGUAAACUAUUACGUACGAUGGAAUCCACGGAUGAGACCACAGAUGCCAAUUCACCAGAAUCUGAAGGAGCUGCUGGCCGUGAAGGCUGAGCUACAGAAGCGGGUAGAGGAUCUACAACGGGAAGUGGCCGCACGCGCUGUCUCAUCCUCUUCUGAACGAGGAUCCUCCCCUUCUCAUUCAGCCACUCCUGUCCACACCUCGGUCUGAUGGGCAGAGCCAGGGUCUUGGGCCAUCCUGCUGCUUUAUCGUCUUCCCAGUGGCUCAGGGCCUGGCCGUUGCUGUUCUGGCUGUAGCUUGUGAUCUUAUCUUAGGAUUAGGCCCAGGGACCAUUUGUGUGGCUAGGUGACAGCUCUCGCGUGGGUAAGUGCAUUUUGUGUCGUGAACAGUCUGUUUCCCCUCCUGUCAGCAGUCCCACAGAGAACUGCCUGUCACACCCACCCCGAGCCACCUUGUGCUGUGCAGGCAGCUCAGGGGGGAGCUAGAGGGAAUGCAAUGCUUAACAACUCACAUUACUCCUUUCCACCUUCAGUCCUCCCUUUGAAAUGAACCAUUCACUUUAAGACCACAUUGCCAGCCGGUGGCUUCCCUCAGCUUUUUGCCACAAUUUGCAAAGUGUGUGUAAAUGAAACCUUUGGAGGAAACAGACCAUCACCAUCGACUCGACAAUUCUCUUCAUGCCAGGGGUCUUCCAGUACCAAUUACUGUUGUGUACAUAUAAGGUAUUUUUUAAAAGAGAAACAUACCUUUAUUUUCCUAUGUCCUUUUUUUUAUGUUUAGAAUAGUCAGUCACCUGAGGUGGUAUCUGCUUAACUGUACUGUGUGAGAAAUUCUUUCCCAACUCACAUCAUGCUAGCUUUUAUGUGGUACAUUGGAAACAAGACAUGAGAUAUGGUCAUUUGAAUGGCCAUGCGUGAUUGCCCUCAGACUAAGUCUGGUACUUGUCUCCUGAGGUGGCCCCGAGUUCCCUCAGGAUGGCACGGACUAGGUGUGCUCAGUCCUCUGGCUUUUCUGUGGGUCAACUGAGGACUCGGGCUUCUGCACAGGUGCUGGCCUCCCUUGGAGACAAUUCCUUUCAUGAGCAAGGUGUGUCAGUUGUUCUGGGGCACCAGAACCUGGUACCCUCCCACCCCUAAGAUAGCAGGCAUUUGUAUCAAAGCAAGUCUGAUUCCACCUGUUCUAUGCCUGGCCCGCCCACCUCACUUGAUUGACAUGUGGCUGCUGUCCAUGAUUAAGCAGCCACUGUGCCAAGGCUCUGCUUUGGAAAUGUAGAGCACUCCCUUUCCUUGGUUCUGAGCCAGCCAUGGCCACUCGGGCCUCCUGCGGUUUUGCACCUUCAUCCAAUGACUUUGAGCUCUGCCACUGCAUCAGUCUUUGCUGGAGUGAAUUUCCUGUCAACUCUUAGCUCCUUCAAGACAGGCGAGCUUGCCCCCAGAGCCACACGUGCCCCAGAGGUUCACGGGGGUCCAGCUGCAUUGUGUCUUCCCUGCUCGGGGUCAAAUCACUGGAUGUCAUGCAAAGUCCUACAUAUUGACCUUAUUUUUGAAAAUAUAUUCUUAAAGAAAUUUUCUACAGCCAAAUGUGUAGAGAAUAGAUGUUUUUUCAACUUGGAACCUUCUGAGUCUUAUAGAAGAUUAUCCUUCUAUAAGAUACUAGACAUAUUUAUUCAAGGUUGUUUGAUAACCUAAAAUCAAUUCUCCAUUUUUAUCACCUGGGGGAUUUGUUUCUAAACCAUAGUUUAAUCCACAGUAGCUUUUUGAUUUAUGGUCCAAACAUACCUAGAAAUAUAGUUUAUGAAUGGAUAAACACCAGGCAUAAUGACGCAUACCUGUAAUGCCAGCACUCAGCAGAUAGAAAUGGGAGGAUACUGAGUUCCAGGCCAGCCUGAGCUACGUAGCAGAAUCUUGUCCUCUCCAAACGGCAACAAUAAGCAUAACAAAUGGAUAAACAAGUACUCAUUGGUACAUUGAUUUUUUAAGUGAUUUUUUUUCCCUAGCAAUAUCCUUUAGUCUCCCAACUACACUAGGACAAUUAAAUGUAGUCUAGACCAGAUGUUUUGACAGUCCCAGAGAGCCCAUGCAGUUUGCUCUGUGGUGAGGUAUUCUGGUGCUGGUGGAUGGAAGCUGGCGCCUGAUCUGGCCGUAUUCUCCCUCACCUGGGGAUCUCCACCAGCAGGGUCCCUAGAAACUGUCAACUUUAAGCACAACAGAGCACUUCCCUUUGUAUGUUCCUAGCACAGAAGUGUUUCUAAAAGAACUUGAAGUAUAGUUUUGUUAUCUAAGAUAAAUUCUUUUUUGUUGUUGUUUUAUUUAAGUGUACUAGAAUGUAAAAACCUUUAAGGUUCAGGUUUCUAAAAAUCUGGUACAAUAUCGUAUUUGCCCCAUCUGAUGCACUGUAUUUCAAUCUCUAAUGAAAAAGUAUAAUAUGUUA